AUGGAGGUUUCUCCUCCCUCUCCCGGUUCGGACUGCAGUGGCCGAACGGACUGGGACCUGCCCACCGCUCCGAUCUGCGUUCAGACGCACGCGAGGGUACAGGUAGAGUUCUAUGUGAAUGAAAACACCUUCAAGGAGAGGCUGAAGCUUUUCUUCAUCAAAAACCAAAGGUCAAGCCUGAGAAUCCGCUUGUUCAACUUCGCCCUAAAGAUCCUCACCUGUGUGCUCUACAUUGUGCGAGUCAGCCUGGAUGACCCCAAAGACAUCAACCCAUGGGUGCUGAUCUUCUGGGUAAACAGACGCGAGCCUGUGUGGGCGAUACAGGUGACAGUGGCCUUAAUCAGUUUCUUAGAGACUAUGCUCAUCACAUAUCUCAGCUACAAGAAUGAUUUCCACCGUGCCAUCCAGAGGACCCACUCUGCCAUGUUCAACCAGGUGUUCAUCCUCAUCUGCACCUUGCUGUGUCUGGUUUUCACCGGAGCUUGUGGGAUCCAGCACCUGGAGCGGGCUGGGAAGAACCUAUCGCUGUUUGACUCUUUUUAUUUCUGCAUCGUCACCUUCUCCACGGUGGGCUACGGGGACGUCACGCCACAGAUCUGGCCCUCCCAGCUGCUGGUGGUCAUCCUCAUCUGUGUGGCGCUGGUGGUCCUUCCGCUACAGUUUGAGGAGCUGGCGUACCUGUGGAUGGAGAGCCAGAAGCUGGGGGGGAACUACAGCCGUCACCGGGCGCAGACUGAGAAGCACGUGGUGUUGUGCGUCAGCUCGCUGAAGAUAGACCUGCUGAUGGACUUCCUCAACGAGUUCUACGCUCACCCCAGACUGCAGGACUACUACGUCGUGAUCCUGUGUCCCACAGAGAUAGACAUUCAGGUUCGUCGCAUCCUCCAGAUCCCUCUGUGGUCCCAGAGGGUUAUCUACCUGCAGGGGUCUACCCUCAAAGACCAGGACCUGAUGAGGGCCAAGAUGGACGAUGCUGAGGCCUGCUUCAUCCUGAGCAGCAGGAAUGAGGUCGACCGAACCGCUGCCGAUCACCAGACCAUUUUGAGGGCGUGGGCCGCCAAGGACUUUGCUCCCAACUGCCCUCUCUACGUCCAGAUUCUCAAACCAGAAAACAAGUUUCACGUGAAGUUUGCAGAUCACGUGGUGUGUGAGGAGGAGUUCAAAUACGCCAUGCUGGCGCUCAACUGCGUGUGUCCCGCCACGUCCACCUUAGUCACACUCCUGGUGCACACCUCCAGAGGACAGGAGGGGCAGAUGUCGCCGGAGCAGUGGCAGAGGAUGUACGGCCGCUGCUCGGGGAACGAGGUCUACCACAUCCGUUUAUGUGACAGCAAGUUUUUCGGAGAGUACGAUGGGAAGAGCUUCACUUAUGCCUCCUUCCACGCCCAUAAGAAGUAUGGCGUGUGUUUGAUUGGGGUGAAGAGAGAAGACAACAAGAGCAUCCUUCUGAACCCCGGACCUCGCCACAUCAUGGCCGCCACCGACACCUGCUACUAUAUCAACAUAACCAAGGAGGAGAACUCUGCCUUCAUCUUCAAACAGGAGGAGAAGCACAACACGGGGAUGCCCGUCACGGGCCUCUACGACGCCCCCUCCAGGCUGCCCGUGCAGAGCAUCAUCGCCAGCAUGGGCACUGUAGCCAUAGAUCUCCAGCACCCGGAGCCCCCGGAGGAAAGCGGCAAACUGGCCAUACCCACGGAGAACGGCGCCGGGAGCCGCAGGCCGAGCAUCGCCCCCGUCCUGGAGAUCGCCGACUCGUCCGCCAUUCUGCCCUGCGACCUCCUGAGCGACCAGUCCGAGGACGAGACCAACCAAUCGGACGAUGAGUGCUCGGUGGGAUCAGACUUUGUAAAGGGCUACCCUCCAAACUCACCCUACAUCGGCAGCUCUCCAACUCUGUGCCACCUCCUGCCCCAGAAGGCCCCGUUCUGCUGCCUCUGCCUUAAUAAGGGCUGCCAACACAACAGCUUUGAGGACGCCAAGGCGUACGGCUUCAAGAAUAAGCUGAUUAUAGUGUCUGCAGAGACUGCGGGAAAUGGUCUCUACAACUUCAUCGUCCCUUUGCGGGCUUAUUAUCGGCCUAGAAAGGAGCUGAACCCCAUAGUGCUGCUGCUGGACUACCAUCCAGACAACCACUUCUUAGAGGCCAUUUGCUGCUUCCCAAUGGUUUACUUCAUGACUGGAACUAUUGAUAAUUUGGACAACCUGCUCCAGUGUGGUAUCAUCUACGCCGACAACUUGGUGGUGGUCGACAAGGAGAGCACCAUGAGCGCCGAGGAAGACUACAUGGCAGACGCCAAAACCAUCGUCAACGUGCAGACCAUGUUCAGGUUGUUUCCCAGUCUCAGCAUCAUCACGGAGCUCACGCACCCGUCCAACAUGAGGUUCAUGCAGUUCAGAGCGAAGGACUGCUACUCCCUGGCUCUGUCCAAACUGGAGAAGAUAGAGCGCGAUAAGGGCUCCAAUCUGGCCUUCAUGUUCCGGCUGCCGUUCGCCGCCGGCAGAGUGUUCAGCAUCAGCAUGCUCGACACGCUGCUCUACCAGUCGUUCGUGAAGGACUACAUGAUCGCCAUUGCGCGGCUCCUGCUGGGCCUGGACACCACGCCGGGCUCCGGCUACCUGUGUGUGGUACGUAGCGCCGCCUCCAUAAAGCUCCGGUCAGAAAAGGCCACCGGACGAGCUCAACUGACCGUCCCUGUGGCUUCGCAGAUGAAGAUCACCGAGGAGGACCUGUGGAUCAGAACCUACGGCCGCCUCUUCCAGAAGUUCUGCUCCUCCAGCGCCGAGAUCCCCAUCGGGAUCUACCGCACCGAGUCCCACAUGUUCUCAACGGACAAUAAUGCUCAGGUGUCCAUCAACAUGGAGGCGGGCGAGGAGCACCGUGACCGCGGCGAGUCCUGGAAGGAGAAGACGGCCCACCGGAACUCCACCACCAGCGACCAGUCGGAGCACCCGCUGCUGAGGAAGAAGAGCAUGCAGUGGGCGCGGCGCCUCAGCCGGAAGAGCGCCAAGCCGGCCAGCCGCGCCGAGCGCAUCUCCCAGCAGCGCCUCAACCUGUACCGGCGCUCCGAGCGCCAGGAGCUGUCCGAGCUGGUCAAGAACCGCAUGAAGCACCUGGGCCUGCCCACCGUGGGCUACGACGCCUUACACUGCCUGCCUGAUCUGUUCUUCUGUUCUCCUUCUCUCUCUGACUCCUUUGUCUCUCCCCCCUCCCUCCCUCCCUCCCUCUCCUCCCCUUUCUUUGGCUUGUAG